AUGGUUUCGAAAGUUGCAAUUAUUGGAUCCAAUGGUAAAAUUGGUAAGAUCCUUGUCAAGAAGUUGAAGGAUUCUUCAAAAUACUCCCCUCUUGCCUUUGUUAGAAAGCAGGAACAGAUUGAGAAGUUAAAGGCUGAUGGCGUUGAAGCGAAAUUAUUGGACAUUGGCGAGGCCUCUGUUGAUGAUAUUACCAAGGCAGUGAAGGGUGCUAAAGUGGUAGUAUUCAGUGCUGGGUCUGAAGAGGAUUUGUUUAACGUUGAUCUAGACGGUGCGUUGAAGACUGCGGAGGCAUGCGAGAACCUUGGCAUUAAGAAGUUUAUUCUUGUGUCAACCAUUGGUGCGGAUGACCGUGACUUCUGGAGCUCACCAACUCUACGUGACUUUAACCUGCGUAACUACUUCGUCUGUAAGAGGGUCGCUGACAAGAUUAUUCAAAGCUCAAACCUGGACUAUACUAUCGUUCGUCCUGGUGUGUUACUCGAAGGGGAAGGCACUGGAAAAAUUGUCGACUUGGACGAAGUAAAGACAGACAGAAAUGAUGUCUGCUUUAUUCAGAGAGCGGAUGUUGCAGAAUUCAUCUUUCAAUCAUUGCCACACCUUGAUAAGAUGAAGAAGAAAGUUUUUACACUUGGAAACGGUGAUGUUCCAAUUGCUGACAUUAUUAAGUCUUUGUAA